AUGGCAAGCAGCAAGAGGGAGCAAGGCGCACAUGGCAAGCAGCAAGAGGGAGCAAGGCGCACAUGGCAAGCAGCAAGAGGGAGCAAGGCGCACAUGGCAAGCAGCAAGAGGGAGCCAGGCGCACAUGGCAAGCAGCAAGAGGGAGCAAGGCGCACAUGGCAAGCAGCAAGAGGGAGCAAGGCGCACAUGGCAAGCAGCAAGAGGGAGCAAGGCGCACAUGGCAAGCAGCAAGAGGGAGCCAGGCGCACAUGGCAAGCAGCAAGAGGGAGCAAGGCGCACAUGGCAAGCAGCAAGAGGGAGCAAGGCGCACAUGGCAAGCAGCAAGAAGGAGCAAGGCGCACAUGGCAAGCAGCAAGAGGGAGCAAGGCGCACAUGGCAAGCAGCAAGAGGGAGCCAGGCGCACAUGGCAAGCAGCAAGAGGGAGCAAGGCGCACAUGGCAAGCAGCAAGAGGGAGCAAGGCGCACAUGGCAAGCAGCAAGAGGGAGCAAGGCGCACAUGGCAAGCAGCAAGAGGGAGCAAGGCGCACAUGGCAAGCAGCAAGAGGGAGCAAGGCGCACAUGGCAAGCAGCAAGAGGGAGCAAGGCGCACAUGGCAAGCAGCAAGAGGGAGCCAGGCGCACAUGGCAAGCAGCAAGAGGGAGCAAGGCGCACAUGGCAAGCAGCAAGAGGGAGCAAGGCGCACAUGGCAAGCAGCAAGAGGGAGCAAGGCGCACAUGGCAAGCAGCAAGAGGGAGCAAGGCGCACAUGGCAAGCAGCAAGAGGGAGCAAGGCGCACAUGGCAAGCAGCAAGAGGGAGCCAGGCGCACAUGGCAAGCAGCAAGAGGGAGCAAGGCGCACAUGGCAAGCAGCAAGAGGGAGCAAGGCGCACAUGGCAAGCAGCAAGAGGGAGCAAGGCGCACAUGGCAAGCAGCAAGAGGGAGCAAGGCGCACAUGGCAAGCAGCAAGAGGGAGCAAGGCGCACAUGGCAAGCAGCAAGAGGGAGCAAGGCGCACAUGGCAAGCAGCAAGAGGGAGCAAGGCGCACAUGGCAAGCAGCAAGAGGGAGCAAGGCGCACAUGGCAAGCAGCAAGAGGGAGCAAGGCGCACAUGGCAAGCAGCAAGAGGGAGCAAGGCGCACAUGGCAAGCAGCAAGAGGGAGCAAGGCGCACAUGGCAAGCAGCAAGAGGGAGCAAGGCGCACAUGGCAAGCAGCAAGAGGGAGCAAGGCGCACAUGGCAAGCAGCAAGAGGGAGCAAGGCGCACAUGGCAAGCAGCAAGAGGGAGCAAGGCGCACAUGGCAAGCAGCAAGAGGGAGCAAGGCGCACCUGACCGCCUGCCUCGGUGACGCAGAGCACACCAGCAGCGUGGUCCCACACCUUGAGACUGGCGUGGGGAGGGGAGGAGGGGAGGGGAGGGGACACAGAAAGAGAGAUGGUUGUGCACACAGUGCUGCUGCCAUCGUACUCGCACAGAUUGGCAAGGGGAGAGGGGGAGCAGGGGGGGAGGCACACGAAGAGAUAUGGUUGCUCUGCACACACACUGCUGCUGUUGCAUAG